AUGCAACGAGGCAUGCAUCGAGCACAGUAUCAGUCUUAUCUUGACCAAGACCGAGGCGAACGUAGAAUGGAAACUGCUGACAAGGACGUGUCCAAACUAUUAACACAUGCGGCACCUCGCUCUGAUCAUGCUCAAGAUUCCGAUGAACUAACACCCACUAACACAACGUACGCAACUCCAAUAUUAUGUGGACGAAUUCGCAAAACCUGCAGUGAGAGCUCAUCGAUGUCUAAGGACGUUAGCAGAGAGGGACAAAAUCCUGAAGCGAUGAAGUAG